AUGAUCUCUGUCACACUGAAGCAGGGAGUCUUGCCACAGAUGUUUGCAUUAUUCAGCAGCCUUGGAGGUCUCAUUUCACUUGCUCUCAUCGUCUACGGGCUCAUUUUUGUCAAGCGCUACCCUCACAGCUUCGUGUCCAACACUUAUGAAGAGCGAACUCUUUUUUGCAAGCAUGAACCUGGCAAUCCGGAUGAGUCACACGUGAGCUUGCGACACGUGAACGUCUCCGACUCUGAGACAUUGCCUCCCCCCACCCCUGAACCAGCGCCUAUGAGUUUCGGCUUGGGCCGACCGCCUGAUCGUCCUCCUGGCGUGGCACAUCAGCAGCGCCAGCAAAGCCAGCAAAUGCCGCCACUGCCCCCCGGGAUUGCAGGGAUUGCAAGGCCUGCUGGAUAUAGUCCGACCGAGUAG